CACUCCUUAGCCCCUGCACGCCCCAGGACACCCCUUAGCCCCCAGGACACCCCUUAGCCCCGCACGCCCUAGGAUACCACUUAGCCCCUGCACGCCCCAAGACACUGUAUAGUCCCCGCACUCCGCCAGGGGCUCUCACAACCCCUCAGCACUAAGGCCUGAGGAAGCAUCAUCAUCACCAUCAGCAUGGCGGAGGACCGUGAGAUCCUGCGUGAGGUGUGGGACGGCCGUGUGCCUGUGUGCGUCCAGCUGUCCAGCGACGACUGCACCACCCUCAGCGCCCCAGACUCCUACUACCUCAUGGUGCCGCGGCUGUCAUACCUGCCCCUCGUCAUGGACAAGGUCCGCAAGCACUUCCUGCGCUUCAUCUCCCAGGACCAGCAGGACGCAGAGAUGUGGCUGGAGAGUGACGGCUCACCCCUCAAAUGGCAUUACCCGGUGGGCGUGCUGUUUGACCUCCACUGCGGGGCCGCCUCGCUGCCCUGGAACCUCACGGCACACUUCUCACACUUUCCAGAACAGGACCUCAUACACUGCCCCUCGAGAGAGGUUGUUGAGUCACACUUCAUGUCCUCCCUGAAGGAAGCUGACGGCCUGAAGCACCGCGGGCAGGUCAUCACCAGCAUGCAGGGCAAGGACCACAAACAGCUCUGGAUGGGCCUGUGCAACGAUAAGUUUGACCAGUUUUGGGCCAUCAACCGGAAGCUGAUGGAGUCCACACCAGAGGAGGGCUUCAAGCACAUUCCGUUCCGCCUGCACUGCCCCUUCCAGGCCCCCAUCCAGCAACUCGUCCGUCCACUCACAGAGGAUGGCCGCCAGCUGACUCUGGGCGACUUGGUGGCCGAGUGUUUGCCCGUGGCACUACAGGAGGGUGACCGCUUGGUGAUCCAGGGCAUCGAGGGGCCACGAGACACACCGCUGCAGUGGCUCAGUGAACACCUCAGCCACCCAGACAACUUCCUACACAUCUGCUACAUUCCUGCCCAGACCUAGGCGCCCACAACCAACAUCUUUAUCUUAAGUUUGCUCCCCCAGGGUGAGGCGGCUGCAGGCUGAGCCAGAACACCUGACCAGCGAGGUGGUGACAGUCCAGCAACACAAAGAGCCUGUCACACAGCUCCCCGGUCAGUACCUGAAGUUACCUGCUCCCAGACACCAACACUCCUGCAACUCUGCUGUGGCUGAUGAUGACUCCUGGCCAGCCAUUCCUUGCUCUCUUAUUCAGAGUAUGUUUACAGUAAUUCCUUGUCUGUGUACUCCUAAAAUGUAUUUUUUACAUUAUAUUGUAAUUUUUGUAUCUUGUCUCAAAAGGUGUUGUCCUAUACUCUAAUGAGCAGAGGAGACAGGUGGGUAGCACCACUCUUGUCCUGGACCGUGGCGUAUGGAGUGGCUGGCCUGUCCUUUCCUCCACCCAGGCCCGGCAGGCCUAUUCAGCAACAGAACAAAGAGCUGACCGCCACAUGCACUGGCCCUGCACAUGGGUGGUGCCACUCACACCACUCUCCCUCAUGGUCUUGAGAGUAUGGUACAACACCUUUCUCUUAGUCUCAGAAGGUAUCUAUAUAUUGCCAUGAACUAAUCACUGAGAUUAGCUGUAAUCCAUAGUCACUUGACCUUGUUUACUGAAGAAAAGGGAGAAUGAGAUGCCUUCAUUGACAGGAAUUACCAUUUGUUGCACCAAAACUCAGGUAUGUCAUAAAUCAAUGACCUAUGUUCACUUUGCAGGAGAUACUGCCUGCCAGAAGGGGCAGUGUGUAGAUUUUGAGGGCUAAUUGUUUUUGACUUUUGUCAUGGCCUGCAGAAGGAAUGAGAAGUGUUGUCAAGUCUUGUUGUUGGGAGUAACUUACUUAUCUGACUACCAUUAAAAUGUCUAUGUAAGGAAA